AUGACCAUUAGUCAACACGAAGUACUCCGAUGGUCCACUGAAGCACAACACACACUCGAGAGAGCCCAGAAGAUAUGCACCAGCGCACAAGCAUCGUUGCAUUCCACCCAGAAUGAAUUGUCGGUGCACCUUCCAGAUAUAAUGGAUGCCGUGGAGUUUCUCUACGAUGCACUUGCACGACAACACGAGACAGUUUUGCGGAUCACAGAAUCUUUGAAAAGACAUGUGAGGACAAAAGUGGAUUCAGUGUUUGAGGAGUUUGGCAGUGUGUUGGAUCCAGCCGUGGAGAAACUCGAUGGGAUAAUCUCGCAACUUCGCAGUACCACGGUGCCGUUGUUCUUACUCAGGGAGAAAGAGGAAGAGGAGCAGGAGGACGGUAAGUCACUUGCCGACUUUAUAGCCAUGGACUCGAUAGCCCUUCUCAAACAGAAUAUCAACAUAUACAAAUCCAAUUGUGGCAGGUUGCGAAAGGCUCUUCUUGGCAAUUUCGAGGAUAUCCUCGAGUACAACAUGAAGAUGAAUAAGCAAUUCAGUCAAAUCAAAAAAAGGUACGAGAAUCUCGUCCCUCUCAAAGUCGAGAUCAAGUCUAUCCAAAGCAAGGAGUCAACCAUCGGCACUGUCCUCCGAGAAAACCAGGCCCUUGAAAAUGAACUUGUCUCCAUCUUGGAAAUGUUGACUAACCACUACGAUCAAUGCAUGAAAGCAGUUGAACUAAUAUCCAAGGGAAACACCACGGGCAUAAACCUUGAAGUACUACAGGGAGAUGUGAGAGAACUCCCUGACGUGGCUAAAGAAUUAAAUGCAGUGUAUGAAAUCAUCCUCAAAAAUGAAGAACGGUCACAGAAGUACUUGCACACGGAAACCAUUGAAGCGACGAUAACUCUACUCCAACAAGAACUACAAACGUACCGAACCUUCAAAACCACUGCACUUCCUAAGUUCAUCCUUCUUCUUUCCGAAUGUGAAAACAAACUUCAAAUCAGUUCAAUUCCAUCAACUGCGGAAACGCCCACACGACUUUAUGUGCAAAUUCUCGAAGAGUUGACGUUCCACUACACGCAAUUCCUCCACAUUUACAAGACAAAAUACUUGUCAGAACUAUACCACGAACAGUACACAUACCCCAGGAAGUUUCUCAAAAAGCUAACCGAGUUGCUCAAUCAAGACAUGUAUAGAAUACAGUUGGAGGAAACAGAGCGGAGAAAACAGUGGACGGCAAAAUAUGGCAAUUUCAUCCCUAAGGAGUUCAAUCUCGAGUUGGAAUUGCCAAGUAUCGUCCAGAUAAUCACUGAGGGACUUGAGAAUAUACAGAGUGGUGAAGCUGAGUUUAACGAAGGCAAGGAAAAGGAGUUGUUAGAUUUGAUUAAAUUGACUAAAUAG